CAUUUGGUCGCAAGAUGGCGGCACGUUAUACGCUUUAGUCUUUCUGUCAAAGAUGUACGUUUUGAACAUGAAUUCGCGUUGCAUUCCGAGAGGAGGACCAAUGGAACAGCCGUGGCGAUAUAAUUGAAAUCAGCAGAGUAGGAUGCACCCUAUGGAUACCAGUCGUCCCUCCUUCUGAUGUGAAACAUUUGGUAUUGUCAGCUCUCGCCUCGAUCCUGGAUAACCUUUCGGCCCAAUCAACAAUUGUGACAGCUCUUGCCACGUACCAAGCCGACUAUCAUCGAAACCAGAACCAAGAGAAUGGCGUGUCUUCUGUUGAAUCAAGAAAAUGUGCACAUCAAAAUACUCUCAACAGACACCGUUGAAGGCGUCACUUAUUACUGCAUUGAGGUUAGGAUUGCCUCCAUCAAGUGGACUGUGAAGCAUAGAUACAAUGAUUUUGUGGAGCUCCAUGAGAAGCUUGUUUUAGAGCACUGUGUAGAGAAGGAUAUAUUGCCACCAAAGAAGCUUAUUGGCAACAAGUGUGAAGCUUUUGUAGAGAAACGCAGACAGAGCUUAGAAGUCUACCUGAAUGCUGUCUAUAAUUACCUGAAGAAAGCAAUGCCUAGGGAAUUGGCUGUGUUUCUGGAUUUGCAUAUAUAUGAUAUAUUUUUUUUAUUGCAAAGCCUUGCUUUAGAAUUUUUCACAGAGGGCAGCAGCUUGUUGCUAAAGUCCAAAUGCUAUACGUAUAAUCCAGUGCAGUUGUACGCGAUCAGCGAGAGAUUGAAGCACCCCUGUCCACCCUUGGAAGUCGUCGAUAAAAAAUACGAUUUCAGUCACGUUCUAGACUUCAAUUCCCAUUUAACCGGUCUCACGAUCGAAGGCAGCCCGGACUCCUAUAAAACUAGCAAUAUUUACUCGUCGACGCUUUCCAUCGAAUUGUCGAGCUUUAAGAACGUAGAAGAUCUAACUAUCAAUCAAUAUCCAGUGGAUAAGAUCUACCAGAUGGGUACUCUUCGAGACACGGUAAAAUAUUUAACGGUGAACAACACAAAGUUGAGGAACAUCGUCGAGUUGGCGAUGUGCGAGGAGGUGCACAAAAUUAUCGAUAACGCGAACGACUCCCACGUCUGGAUGAAAGUAACCCACCUAGACCUUAGCGACAAUCGAAUAGAAACUAUAGAUAUCGCCAUCAAACUCCUUCCACACAUAGAGUGUUUGACGUUGAACAACAAUCUUCUCUCGGAGAUAUCGAACGUCACUUUGUUACCAAGGUUGUCCCAGUUGUACUUGGCGUCGAACAACUUCACAACCCUACCGGACGAUCUGCACACGAGAUUAGGUUAUAUCGUUUACAUCGACCUGUCUCAGAACAAGUUGACGUCGUUGUCGAGUUUCUCGAAACUUUACUCGUUGGAGGGACUCGACGUCAGCUGCAAUCGCAUCGAGAAGAUCGAGGAAGUGAAAAACAUUGGGCACUUGCCAUGUUUGGAGAACUUAAGAUUGACUGGCAACCCUGUGUCGACGAUCGUUGAUUAUAGAGUGAAAGUGUUGGAACCUUUCGGUAAAAGGGCAGCGGAUAUCUGCCUAGACAAUGAGAAACCUAACCAAAAAGAACUGGACACUGUAUCUGUUCAUCAAGCCCUGCGUAUAGCGAGAGAGGGCAAAUCACCUACGUUCACUGCAUCGGAUGCGCCAUUGUUCUCUGCAGAAAUUCCGAGCAUAUAAAGACGCACGAUGUUUAGUUUCCGAAGAGUAGACUUUCCGUGCGAAGAACACUUUGAUAUUAAUUUUUUUAAUCGUUUCGAAGUUCACUCGAAGGUAGAACCUUCUUAACCGCGUCUUACGAGUAUUUUAGAAUUCACAAUGAAUCAAGGGGGCAACAGUUAUCUAUAAAGGGCAAACAGUUUCCGAUAUUUUUCGACUAAUUAAAAUUAUUCAGAUCAAUUUUUCGAAAAAAUUAAGAUGGCCAAGUUAUAACGUUCACUCGGUAUGUUUUUCACGUUCAUAUGAAAAUAAAACUCCGUAAGACAGAAUAAGUCUCGACGCAACAUUACGCCCAAGACACAAAUGAAGCAAAUACAUUCGAGGAGAUUCGUUCACGCGUGAAACUGAAGUCCUAUUCAAACGUCGAAAAUUGGCACUCAUCUCGUCUAUAAUCUUUUUAUAGUAUAUUUAUUGCCGAUCAAACGCGUCCGUACUUUUUACCACCUUUUGCCAGAACGAUAUUCAAUCAGUGUAACACAUACCAAAACAUUAAGCAAGUAGUUUAAGCCUUAGAUUUUGUCCGUUGCAUUUAUGUAACUGGAUCCAGAUAUUAGAAUUUAACACAUCCAUAGAAGUUGGGAAAAUGAUCAUUUUCUCCGUUCGAGGAUAUCGUGCCACCUAUCUCUAUGAAAAGAACAAAUUUCUACGAUUUUUCUGUGUACAUAAUUGCUUUCAAAUCGUAUAUUACGUGUUACUAUCGUGUAUUUUUUAUACUUGGAGUAAUUGUAAAGUGGAAUAAUUGGAUCGGUUGAAUAUAUUUAUUUACGAUUCUAAAAGACACCGUUCUCGAUCGUGCAAUUACAGUGAUCCUCAAAUUUCUGAUUAAAUCAGCAAUUUUCCGUUUAGAAAUCGAGACAGAACCUCGGACCCAAGUUUUAUGUUGAGAACCACUGUGUUAAAUGAUAUUUAUUUAUUAUCGUGAAUUUACAAACACGUAUCCCAUACGAUUAAAUUAAAUUAAAUUAAUACAGGCAAGUCUUGAUGUUUCUCAACGACUCAAUAAAAAUAUGUGGAGCAACACGGUUACUGGAAAUUUUUAUUGAAUGCAAUCUGUCGAGUAACGAUUGCUAGUAUGUGUUGUUUAUUGUAUAAAUCUUUGAAACGAUGAAUGAAUCUUUGUUUGAAAAAGAGUAAUCAUGUUUAGUAUAUCGAUUUUAUAAUGGUUUAACGCGAACUAUAUGUGUAUAUAAGAUGAUAGAAUAUUUUGUUAAUAAACAAUCAUGAAUCAAUAAACUGUGAUAAUCUAUGAACAAACUUCUAUAUAUUAAUUUGCAAAGUGCAGUUAAAUACCAGACAAAAUUGAGUUCCGAGUCUGAGCUUACGAUUAGAUUAAAAUUAGCUACAAUUGACCGUGACAUACAAAUGCUAUAUUAAUUCCUAGUGUUCGAGACUAGCGUUCAAAUUAAGUUCGUUACCACUCGAUUUAUCUCGUCAAAACAAUUAACCAUUGGUAUAAAUAUUUACACAUAAAUACCAGAAGUAUUUUUACGUAAAUAAAUUGGUGGAACCAUUUUGCAAAAUGGCUCUCUAAAAUUGUGAGAACCGCUGCUUUAGAUGCAAAAGCGGUCGGCUUUGAUCUCGUAGAAUGGUACCACGGUUGUGCCAGCCUUCGUUCGUUUCUUGGAAUUGCUAAUGAUACCUAUUUUCCUUUCUGUUUCACUCUCGUAUAUUCUUUUCCAGUCUUCUUCGACAGAUGUUCGUUUUCUUAGUCAGAUAUCUCUGCUUCUUUCAUGCGAACUUUAAAGGAAAUAAUAGUAACACGAGAAGAAAGAGAAACGAAACAAAAGAACUGUAGCCAAUACGUUUCAUGAGAAGAUGAAGUUGGGUGUAAACGGAGCUUACGAGUAAAAUUAGUUGAAACGAAGUUAAUGAAUAACAUUACAUUGUUUUGCUACGUCGACACGAUGAAAUAUUUUUAUUUCUUUUCAAAAUCUUUAUAAAUUUUGUUCGUGUCGAUGUAGCUCACAUGUAAUUGCAUAAUUCCUCUCAGUUUCAAAGGCACUAAACGUGUGUAAAUUCAAUUAUGGCAGGGGACAGGCCUUGGGCAAACUUGAGCGACCAAUCGAUCGUGUUUCGACUCGCAAUGCAUUGUGUGAAAGAAAUUUCUUACCGUGUUAGGAUGAAACACACAUGGAAAGUAAACAGAGAAAGGAGGCAGUACUUUCAAAGUUUAUUUUUAUUUAAACUUCCACAUUGCUCGCAUUACCUUUUAAACAUUAUACGUAUAUCUUCGAUAAUAGUAAAAUAUUCAUAAAUAAUAAUAAUAAUCGUUACAAUGCUUACAUAGCCUAAGCAUUCUCGUGUUAUAGUCUUUUAAUGUAGUACACCUAAAAACUAACACAUACAUAAGUUAUCGUUUACAGAAGAUCGCCUUCCGUUCGUGGUUUAAAUCGUUCCAUAGAAUUUUUUGUGCACAAUUACGCGAUGUGUUGUUUUCUGUGCGUUUUUGUUUUCUUCUCUUGGCGUCUCUCGCGAAACGACAUCUAAAGAUACACUUUCAAAGGCAAUGCGUGUUUCGGAAAAAAUGUUUGUGUUACUUCUAAAAAGGAAGUAUCAAAGCGUCGUAAAAGCUGGUCGUACCAAAAGGAAAAAUAAUUUAUCAAACACCGUUUCUCUACACUUACACGACGCACAGGCAUCGUUUAGACCUUAACGAUCACAUUUAUUUAUUUAUUUAUUCAUUUGUUUAUUUUAUGUCGACCA